CUGCAUUGUUUCUACUUACGGCACUGGUGCUAGUAAUCUUCGUUUCUCCUCUGUAUUAGUUCAACGUAUACACAUAAUUAUCGCCACUACGACUCUACCCACACCCAAAAUGAAGUUUUUCGCAGUUCUCGCCUUCGGCACCGGCCUCGCCCUUUCCGCACCCCUCGUCUCAGAGCGGCAAGCCAACUCCUGCUUCCUUGUCGGCGACCAAGUCCUCCCCAAAGAGGUCGCCGACAUUGCAACCGAUCUACAACAGCGCAUCACCUGCGACGGCUCCCGAACGACCCGCUCGGGCGUACCGGACGUCUCGUCGGGCGGCGUGUCAUUCUCAUCUGUCAACUUCGCCUCCUCAUCCCAAUCCCCGCUUGAAUUCGCGCUGGACAAGUUUGCGACGCCCACACCCCUACGCAACGCCGACCUCGCCACCUUCCAGAGCCAGCUCGACGUCUACCUCGCGACUGAGGCCGGCAUCCGGUCGGUCGGCGGGAACCUCGGCAUCAAGGUGCCCAAGUUCUUCCUGCAGUUCCAGGUCUCGCGCAUCCAGACUGCGCAGGGCAACCCGCCCACGGCGCCGGGUGCGCAGGUUGAUCAUUUGUUGCAGAAGGUGCUGAAGAAUGCCCCGAGGGAGAGCCAACAGCUGCGUGAUCAGGUUACGGCGUUGGCGACGAUCCUGGAGUGA